AGCGGUGAUUCCAGCUCCAAGCGCAAGAUUGCUAUGGGUGCCCUUGGCAGGAGGAGGACCGUAGAAAUUCGGCUGCGGUUGCUGGUAAUUUCCAUAGCCUAGCGGGCUGCUGCUGGAAAUUUUCGCCAUAGCCAAGGAUCGCUUACGCUUUAUGGCGCUUGGCGGAGAGCGUGGAUUGUGGGUGCUAUGUAUUGCGUUUCGUUUGCUGAAUGCCCUGCUCGUUCGCACGUACUUCAACCCGGACGAGCACUGGCAAGCACUCGAAGUUGCGCACCGCAUUGUCUUCGGCUAUGGACAUCUCACUUGGGAAUGGAACAAAGGUCUUCGCAGCUACCUCCACCCGCUCAUGUUCGCUGCGCUCUACAAGAUGUUGGCAGUGCUUAAGCUGGAUACUCCAUGGUUCAUGGCGAGGUCGCCAAGGCUUUUUCAGUCUCUCAUUGCCGCAGCCGGUGAUGUUUACCUGUGGAAGCUCUCUCGUCGAGCAUUCGGUGACCGUGUGGCAAAGUGGACCAUGUUUUGCCAGCUCGUGAACUGGUUCACCUUCUUUUGCAUGGUUCGCACUCUAUCCAGCAGCAUCGAGACUGUCCUCACGACGAUUGCUCUCUUCUACUGGUCAUCUCCAACCAUCGACAAGCACUUAGGAUUUAUGUCGAAUCGUCAGCUUGCUCUAUGCGUUGCAUGGAUCUCGUGUGCCAUCCGGCCUACUAGCGCUGUCAUCUGGCUAUACGUGGGGAUUUAUCACCUCUAUGAAUGCCGUGACAAAUUCAGAUAUCUCCUCCAUGAAGUUCUUCCUAUCGGGUGUGUCAUUCUUGGAGCGACUUUCUCUUUGGACAGGAUCAUGUACGGGAAGUGGAUAUUUGUGCCGCUGAGAUUCUUCCAGUUUAAUUUCCUCUCGGGUGGUGGUGACUUCUACGGCAGCCAUCCCUGGCACUGGUAUUUCACUCAGGGGUUUCCAGCUAUGGCGUUCACACACUUGCCGCUAGCUGUGCUUGGGAUUUGGUGGUCGCGGGAGUGGUUUCUUGCGGGUCUUGUAGCCUGGAUAUUGUUCACGUACAGUCUGCUCGGGCACAAAGAAUUCAGGUUUGUCUUGCCAGCUCUUCCUUUGGCGAUGCUGUUUGCUGGAUACAGCCUUGCCUCCAUUGAGGCCGGAAGCAAGAAAAUCGUCAAAGAAAAAUCCGGUGGACGAUGGCCGCUUAAGCUUACAAUCAUUCUCAUCGGGCUGCUUGUCUCUAACGCUCCAACUGCGCUUUACACUUCGCUCGUCCAUCAGCGCGGCUCAGAAGCAGUGAUGGAGUAUCUUGGCAAAGAAGCGACAGACCAAAGGGUGGAAAGCAUUGCGUUUCUGACGCAAUGCCAUGCGACUCCAUUCUACUCGUCGCUGCACAAGGAUUUGCCAAUGAGAUUCUUAGAUUGCUCUCCCAGCAGCGAUGGCGGCAAAGACGAGGCCUCACGGUUCAUGGAAGAUCCACUCGCAGCACUCUCCGUCAUGUUUGGCGACGGGAACGUGCCCAGCCACAUCGUCUUUUUCGACUCUUUGGAGGACAAACUCCGGCCAUUUCUGGAAGCACGCUCUUACAAGCUGGUGAAGAAGGUGUUCCAUGCUCAUUUCCCUGUUGAUCGAGAGCUCCAAGCGUAUCUUUGCGUGUUUUCGACAACUAAACGGCCGCUAUCAACAGCGAGCGAGUCCAUCCACAGUCGCUGAGGAGGAAAAGACUUCACAGAACGGUCAUAGGGACACUCUCAUGGCUAGAGUCCAAAAAACAGAGCGGACUAGCUUUGCUACAAAAGCAGCUCGAGGCUAGAGGUGGCAGCCACACAAGGUCCAGGAUCGAGAGUCGCGUGAACGAGCUGCACGUAUAUGCUACAGAAGCCAUGCAGCAUCUGGCGGUGGAGACAACCUUGGCGAGACAAGCGCGAGAGAGUGCAUUGAGAAUUUCGAACACCCGUGAUUCUGAUCGGUCUAGCGGAAUGGUGAAAGAGCCUGGGGCGUCCACUUUGCUGGCAUACGAAGCUGGUUGACAACGAGCUGCUCAUUCUCUUUGACGAGUGCGGUGAAGGCAUUUCAAGCUUUUUGGAGCCUUUCGAUCGUCAGCAUCUGCGCUGAAACUCGGGGUCCAAGACGCACUUUCAAAGGCCGGCAACAGUCUGUUUAUCACUCCCGUGACGAAAGCUAACCAGCGAGCUGCGGUUGCUGCUGUCACGGCUCUCAUCUCAUGUGUGAUCCUCCCGACAUCUUCGUCAUCUUCUUUCCACUCAAAGCUUCCCAUAAAUUCUUGCUUCACCUUGAUGAAGUGUCGUGAUUCAUGAGAAAGCUGCGGGUGAGUACGAAGAACGAAGUACGAACGACAAGUACCAGCGCAUCUUGGUGAACAGGUGAUUGAAAUUUCAUCCUUGAGCUUGCAAGGUGUGGCUCGGUGCAAGACAGCUCAAGAAAAACUGGUGGAAGGUGCUUCUCUCGAAGAUGGCCUGCUGGAUGAAGCUGGUUAGCUGGUGCGACCGGCGCUACUACAGAGUUCACGGUCAGGCCCUGCAAAUCUCGCCUUCGUGUUGGAGCUAACCAGGAGCGACAGAUCUCACUGCAAGGUGAUGGGCCUCCUCUUGGGGUGAUGAGAGCUCUGUUUGGAAAA